UAGGAAGAAGCGGGGCAGGAGGGAGCAGGGUGGUAGCGGGUGCGGGAGGUGGUGGUAGAUCUGCGCGGAGUCCAGCGGCCAGGAUGGUGCUGUUACCGCCGCCGCGGUUGUCGCUCCUGCUCCUUCUUCACCUCUUCCUGGCCUUGUCCGCGCCACCAGGAGCCGCAGAGCUCACAGACGGGAAUAGCGAGCAUCUGAAACGGGAGCAUUCGCUUAUCAAGCCCUACCAGGGGGUUGGCUCCAGUUCAAUGCCUCUCUGGGAUUUUCAAGGGAGCACGAUGCUUACUAGCCAGUACAUUCGACUGACUCCUGAUGAACGCAGCAAGGAGGGUUCUAUCUGGAACCGAGUGCCCUGCUUCCUGAAGGAUUGGGAGCUCCAUGUCCAGUUUAAGAUCCAUGGAGCAGGAAAAAAGAAUCUACAUGGGGAUGGAUUUGCUCUGUGGUACACCCGGGAGCGCCUUACUCCAGGUCCUAUCUUUGGCAGCAAAGAUAACUUCCAUGGGUUGGCUAUUUUCCUGGACACAUAUCCAAAUGAUGAGGCAACUGAACGUGUAUUCCCAUAUAUCUCUGCCAUGGUAAACAAUGGAUCCCUGUCCUAUGAUCAUAGUAAAGACGGCCGCUGGACAGAGUUGGCAGGCUGCACGGCUGAUCUUCGUAAUCAGAACCAUGACACGUUUUUGGCUGUGCGCUAUUCCCGGGGACGCCUGACAGUGAUGACUGAUGUGGAAGACAAAAACGAAUGGAAAAACUGCUUUGAUGUUGCAGGAGUCCGGCUGCCCACUGGCUACUUUUUUGGGGCUUCUGCGGGUACAGGAGAUCUAUCUGACAAUCAUGACAUCAUCUCAAUGAAGUUGUUCCAGCUGAUGGUGGAACAUCCACCAGAAGAAGAGAAUAUUGACUGGACAAAGAUUGAACCCAGUGUUAGCUUCCUCAAGUCACCCAAAGAUAAUGUGGAUGAUCCAACGGGAAACUUCCGUAGUGGGCCUUUGACAGGCUGGAAGGUGUUCCUGUUGCUCCUCUGUGCUCUGCUUGGCAUCAUUGUGUGUGCUGUGGUGGGUGCUGUGGUCUUCCAAAAACGGCAGGAGCGGAACAAGCGAUUCUACUAGUAGAAAGCUGGUCUACAUUCUGGGCACUUUGGAGCAUUUUUUUACAGGGGUGGGUGGGCGGAUGGGGGAAUUGUAUAGACUCAUUUCUAAAAGGCUCUUUUCGGAGAAAUAUAUGGAUUAUUUUCAUAUCUUGGGUUUUUUCCUGGCCGCACUAGCCAGACAACCUGUGGCAAACGAUCAAGAAUGCAGUGUGGAGUCCUACUUGGGAGCCUAUUUCCCUCCUCUGUUAGAAUGCUGUUCAGAACAUCAGCCCCACUUAAAAAAAAAAAAGACUACAACCCUGUGGUUAGAGCUUAGAAGUGGCAGAUGUUCCUCCUCCGUGGGGCAUGGUUCUGCUUGCCAGAUAGAAUCCACUGGAUGUUUCACUGAUGGAGGUAGUAUUUCCCUAAUCCUGCCAACAUGCUGGGGAGAUUUUGUUGUCUGGCCUAGUCCAAGGUGGGUAUUUUGAAUGUAUUUUGUAGUCUCAUUGGCCCUGGAACUUACUUGUAGUAUUGGCCAUUUCUGUAUAGCAGAGAGUGAGACUAAUGUACACCAAAACAACUGGUGACCAUAAAAUCUGAUUAUUCCCUUUUGGUGAUGGAAACUGUGACUGUUUUGGUUUGGGAGAGAAGGGGCUUGAAUGUCCCCCAGUCACUGUGAAAUAUGUGCCACAACUUGAUCACAGAGGCUCAGACCCUGCUCUGAUCCCUCUCACUAAGCAUCGUUGUGAUUCCAGUGACAAGACUGUACUCUGUGUCAAAGUUGUGUGUGCAAGGUGAUCGGCGGAAGAAAGGCUAUGUGAAUAAAGUGGAAA